AUGGCUCCUGGAAAGACCAUCCCGGAUGCAGACGUGGCGCUGACCCUGCCGGCCUCCAGCACCUGCCACUGCAAGAGCAUGUGCUUCGUGCGACUCUCGUGCCUGGCCUGGUCCUUCGUCAACCUCACCGACGGGACCUCUGAGUGCAGGCUGGCCGACGCAGGCCCUUCGGCGCACCUGGUCGAGAACAACACGGACGCCGUCUAUUUCUUCUUGCAAGCUUCCGUGGAGGGUGAUUACCGCUUCGACGUGGACGGACUCCUGUACCUGAAACCGGCCGAGCUCACGACGUACGCGUCGGCCAAGAAGCGCUGCGAGAGAAUCCCCGGACACCGCCUCGGAAUUUACAAGACGAUGCAGCAAUACCAGAUGCUGGGAGACUUCACAGCUACAAUAGCGACUGAAGGCUCCUUGUACAUGGACCUUAAGAAGGUCGGCACCGACCUCAUUUGGGGCGACGGAACCAGGUACAAUGACACCGAGAUAGGAAAGGCCGUCGUCGUGAAACCCUUUGGAAAAACUGGGAGAUACAUCUUGAUAUUCUGGGACAAGCAGCUGAGUGAUGGGAAGCCGGAUGACAACAGGCAGUUCAUGUGUCAGGCGAAUCCCUUCGGAGUCCCGUGGUAACUCUGGUGUUUGACUGUUGAAUGUGUUUCCU